AUGGCGAAAAGUUUCGACGACCUGAUCGAGUUCUUACUCGAGGAAAUCGCCUUGCGCGGUGAGCAAGGCGCCAGCCCUUCUGACUUCAAAGAACUUCUCCAAAAGUUCUACGAUAAUCCAGAAGGAAAUGAAGAACCCGACAAUGAUAAAAGCAACGGCGCAUCAACGCCGCAGCCUCAUGUUGACCGUCGACUCCAGGAGAAAGUCUGGACAUGGCUGACCGCGCAUCCUGAUAUCACCCUUGGAAAGCAGCUGAAUGCGGAAAUCCCCUCUCUAUCCGACCUGGAAUCUCGUGAAAAUGCGGACCCUCCUGCUGUUGCAGAAGCGGACGCCGAUGCCCCCCAGGAUGCAGCAUUGAAACUAUUCGUCACGGAAGAGCGCAUGUGGCAGGCUAUUACCGGCCACGGCGUCGACUUGCGCAAGGUUCCUAGGCACGAGUUCAUCAUUUUGUCGAUUAUCGCAGCACAUGGCGAUAAGGGUGUAAUUCAGCCAGAGAUCACUCGCAUCAGUGGCCAAGACAAACGCUCUGUGCCCAAACGCACUGAUAACCUGAUGAAGAAUGGCUACAUCGUCAAAACGGCGGUGCUGGCGAAGGGCACCCGUACCAGUCUUUGUACGCUGAAGAGAUAUGCUCAGCGCCAGACCACAGAGGCUGAGCCAGUGGUGAACAUCAUGUCGAGUCCUGAUGAGAUUGCAAAGGCGCUCUUUGUGAAUGGAUUGCUACUAUAUGACCGUUUCUUCGACAUCUUAACCGAGUUACUCAGAGACGCAAGGAUCAUCAGAAUCGAGGACUUGAAGAGCAGACUUGGUAUCAGAAUCAAGACAUGGGAGAUGAAGGCUUUAUGGCGAUCUACCCGGCGCCUUGAAGGGCUUAAACUCAUCAAGCGGGUAAAAGCCCAGCUCAAUCGCAACUCAAGCAAAUGGUACCGCUGCAUCAAACUUCUUCGGGAGCCAGUACCUCGCGAUCGUGCCGUUUUCGUGACCAUGGGGAUCAAAGAUGCGGAUAAACUUACCGACGGCGACAAGAUCGGUGAAUCUGCGUACGCUCUGGACGAUGAUGCCGAAGGCGAAAUCGACCCCGAUCUCGAGCAGGAACCGAGUGCAUUGGGACAACCUCUGCUGGAAGGAGAUAACGAAGUCGAAGAGGUCCAAAGGCUACCACCUCAGUGGGAUCCGGAUCGGCCGACUCCUAACUUCCUGUUCGACAUUGUUCACGCACAUGGCUCCGACGGUGCCACCACAGCAAACAUCCGGGAUCAGGGCAUGGGUACCUUCUACCGCCGUCCGGUAGAUUCUAUACUUGGUCGCCUCUCUGAUAUUUGGCAUAUCUCUCAGCCUGCACAUCUCCGGCAUUGGGCAAUCAUUCGUGAUACCGGCAUGAACGAAAAGUACAUUCACUACGUGUAUCGCACGUACGAGAACUUUGCACGCGCUGUCGAAAAGGAUGAAGCCGCAUGGGAAGUAGUCAUCACUCAACCUGUCAAUCCCAAUCAAGGCCGAUCAAAGCCACGCGCAAAGGAGAAGCCUACUAAAGACAAGAUCGAGCACGGAUAUGGAGAGCUUGAUGAAUGGGGCUUCCCAUCAAUUCACCCUUCCAAAUUCCAAGGCAAAGACGGCACUGCGACAUUGGCAGAUUGCAAUAAAGCCAUCGCUGCUGACAUGAGAUUUCUUCCUAACCGUGGACACAAACCGAGGUUCCUGGUAAACCCUGCCGCGGCUCUUUUGUCCCGUGAAGGCACUAUUGAAUCCAGUCCAGGUCCUGGAACUAACGUCGACGAUGAAAUCGAGGGAAGUCUCGAGGUCCACAUGCAGAAGCCCAGGAAGAAGUACACUCCAAGAGGAGACAAACCAAUUGGGCGUCCGCGGAAGUAUGCGCUUGGAAAAGAGCCUUACAAUAGCGGGAACCUCAAGCAAUACCGGAAAAUCAGAGCUCUCCGCGCCAAGGCUGAGCAGAUUGCCAGACAAGAGCUCAUCAAAGAAAAGCAGGAUGCAAACACAGCUGCGGGUAUCGCUAACCCGACAGUUCCUGAGGAAGAGCCAGAGACAGAACCGGUUGCACUCGCUAAUGGCGAGGAGGCUGGAUCAGCCGACAUCCAAAGACCUGUGACACCAGAUGCCCCUCCGUCAAAGCGCCCUAGGCUUGAAACGGACACUCCAAUGGAAGGCGAACCAAUUACAUCAAUGAACGAGAUGGAGAUGCCUGUCGAUGCUACUACCACAGAUGCUGCUGCUGCAGAAACUCCUAACAAAACUCCUACGACGGCCAAGGGUAAGGGAAAGGCCACUGCUCAGGGAGCCAAACGCAAACAGCCUGCUAAGGGCAAAAACGCCGAAAAGAUCGAGAAGCAGACUGCUGAACUCCUUGGAAUAGACGAGACCAUGAUUGACCAAAGAGCAGAAGAAGUCAUCGUCAGGCUAAAGAAAGAGGAAGAAGAGCGGGCUAACGUUGACUUCUCGAGGCCUGGUGUAUACGUCAAUCCUCCUGGAGCACAGAAGCCACGGGAUCCUCUGCAUAAGGGCCGUCCGAAGAAAUCAUUCAUUGUGGUUAUCACUCUCGAAAAGUUGAAGGGCGUUAAUCUGGAAACUGAGCAGUUAGGCACCAUGGUUGAAGCAAUCAUUGCGGCUAAACAGACAGCACAGCCUGCCCUGCCUCAGAUUGAGGAUAUGGAUGUAUGUCUGCCAGAGACACCUACUCCGCAGCUUCAACCUGGACAAGUUGCGGGCAAGAGACUUCCUGGUAACGCGUCGGAACCAGUUGAGCAAGGUCCCGCCACGGUCGAAAACUCCAAUGCUCCUAUGCCCGAAGCAGAACAAAUGCAGCUUCCGCUUACUCCCAAUCCGACAAGCACACCGGUCCAACCUCAAGGUGGAGCGGUUGCCGCUCCAGAGAUUGCACCAGGACUUACUCCAGGAACUACUCCAGGAACCGCUCCAGAAGCUACUCCAAUCCCGCCACCCAAGAAGCGUGGAAGACCUCGGAAAGAUCCCAACGCGCCACCACGCCCACGCAAAGCCACGAAAAAGCGCACAGAUGAUACGCCUGGUGCAGCAGUUGCUGUUAACAGCGAGACACCUCAAGCUUCUCCUGGAAUUCCGCCAGCUGUACCCUCUGCUGACGAGGUUUCUGUCCCUGCAGCAGCAACGCCCACGCCUAAGCGGCGCCCAAGGGCUCCAAAGGAUCCGAAUGCGCCUCAAAAGACCACCAAGCGCAAAUCCAAAUUGGCUACUGCACAGGUACCUCCGGAAACCCCGUCACUCGCUCAGCAGCCAAUUGAGCCGUCUGCAACGGAACCUCAUGGACCCGUCACCGAUGGUAAUGUUCAAGCAUCAGCGCAAUCAGUAUUGGCGAAUGGUGGUUCUGCUAUGCCAAUUGCCCAGAGUGCGAUUCUCCCUGCUACAUUGUCUGCGGCCAACCCGGAGAACAGUGUCAUCUCUGUGGCUUCACCGUCCCUGCAGCAACGGGCUGAAUUACUAGGAGCAAACUCUCAUGUCCAGGCAAACCCUUAUGUCCAGACAGACUCUCAUUUCCAAGCAGACACUCAUGUCCAAGCAGGCACUCAUGUCCCCACGAACUCCCAUAUCCCCACAAACAAUUCACCUAAGCAUGGACCCGUCAGCCUCUGGAAACCACAACAGCAAACAAAUAGCCCUUACAGCUUAGGACUCAUUCCAGGAAGCACGUUUGCAGAUAUGAUAGCUGGACCUCCGCAGACCCCAGCGAGGGAGGUACGACCAGUAUCCAGUGGAGAAAAGGACGCUUUCGCCGGCCAGCCCUCGGCUGUGAGUAAAGAUCGGGGCCCAGAAAGUCAAACGAGCCCUCUCGGAACUUUCACUCAUGUCCAGCAGCGGCAGGAGCCUACUGUUUCUACUCAUCCUCAAACCACGAGUCCAGCAAUCAUGAACCAGCUACAGCACGCUACGUACCGUAGUCCCUAUGUCUUGGCUCCAUCUGCCUACAUCAGUCCAUAUGCCUCCACUCCCAGCUUCCCUGCCGUCAACACCAGUCCCGUCGAGGCUCAGCAGCACGUCAGCGGUGCUCAUACAAUUCCAUUCCCAAUGGGAGCACCUGCUUCGAAACCUCUCGAUGGCCCUAUCGAACAGCCCGCUAGUCGUGUGGAGAAGGAACCCUUACAGACUGCUGCUGUGCCGGACACAUCUCACACGAAGCCUCCGACCAUGCAGGCUGAUGAUCAUGUCGCAGCUUCUGAGUCUGAUGCUCCUCCAGUUACUGAACCAAUGGAGGUUGACGAGCCGAGCUGCUCAGUCCAGCCAGCCACUCAGGAUGUACCGACGACGUCCGCCGAUAUGGAAAACUCGGGAGUCGAGAAAACCACCGAGCAGAAUACAGGUAUUCAAGGACCAGAAGUACGGGAAGAACUGCAAACGCAGAAUCCUUCAGCAGACCGAAAUGCUUCAGAACCAGCAGAGUCGCAGGCCGAAGUUCGCACGUCGAAACAAGCUUCGCAGACCCCUGUCCCGGUUAAUCAGGCAGCCAAAUCAGGUGUUUUUCCGGAUCCCAGUUUGUUCAAUACUCCUCCGAAGAGGAGAAAGGGCAAAUGGCUGGGCGGAAAGAAACAGGGCGUCAAGCUCACAUCCGGUGGUAUCCUCAACUACAACCGCACGAAGCUUCUUGUUAGCAUUAUCCAAGAAUGCGACGGCGUUUUCCCAGGAGAUUUUGAGAUUCAGAGGCCCUUUAUCGAACUGUGGCACAAGCAGCAUGGCGAAGACAGACUCGUGGACCGAGACACGAUCAAGAGGACUGUCAAGAAUGCCAUUGAUUCUGGAAAGAUCCGCAGACUGACCUAUACGUUCAAGAACAAGAGCGGCGUUAUGAUGAACCGCCAUAUCUUGACGACGCCAGAUAAGUCCCCGACUGACCCGCUGGUACUAGAGACACAGCGCAAGGUCAUCGCUGCUUGGCCACGCCAAUACACUCCGAAGCAGAUGCGUGAGUACGAACAUGAAAUCGGUAAUUCAUGGUAUGGUGGUCUCUAUGAAAAGGAGACAGAGCUGGAAGUCAAAAAACAGAGUCUGCCGGCAUGGAUGGAGGAGCUCAAUGCACGCGCAUCUGAAGCCUCAAAGAAACAAGAGCAGCAGAGAAGAGAAAAGGCCGCUCGCGAGGGCAGAGGUAUACAACCGCUUAUAACUCGUCACGUAGUGGACAAUGUGAGAAGGGGUCGCGGUGGACGGCCUCGUCUCAAUCGUCUUCCACAAGAACCAACUGCAGACGUCGAUUUCGGACCAUGGACCGCCUUCCAAUCGAACUUUUACGUAUCCGAAGACCAGCCACAGCCUCAUAUGGAUGAGCCAGUAGCUGAUCCCGACCGUGCCAUUGAAGAAUAUACAGGAUCCUUUUCGCUCAACGAAUUUGUCACGGAUCAGGCGGCUGGGCCUGAUGCUUUCACAGAUGAUGAGGGAGGUUAUUCAAGCACAUACACGGCUAGCACCCCGAGCACUCCUAGCACCCCCCGUAACCGCCGUACCCGAAGCCCAUCAGUUAUAUCUUUGGGAACACCUUCAAAGCGCCCGCUGGCACAAAAGUUACAGCGACGUCGCAUGAGCUUCCAGUUCAAAAACACCACCCCUGCAUCUUUCGACAAGGAUUGGGAAUGGCAGUGGAUCACUAGUAUGACAGAUCCCGGGGUUCGCUUCUUUCCGACAAACGGUACUUUCUCAACCGAUUACAACUCCCACCGCAACGCAAGGAUAUCUCUUUGGGUGGAGCCGAAUGCUCAACACCAACAAGAGUUUGAGGAGAACAUGCCACACUCUUUAGAGGAAAUCUUUGCAUCUCAGAGAAUGAAGGGCAAGGAGCGCGACCACAACCGGCGUGAGAAUCCGAACUUGAGUAGGUUUGAAAGGGACCUCAUCAAGGUCAACAACUGGGAAGAGCUUCACAGAAAGAGAAACGAAGACCUUGGCCUUGUUCUACGCCAGCCUCAUUUCAUCAAUCAUGUGUACUACGGCGAGCACUUACAACCAUAUGACGCUUCUUUCGACCCACAAUGGAAGCAUGAAUCCAGCGAGAUGUUCACGCUGCGCGAACCUCCGCCAUUCGACGAGGUCGACGAAAGCGACGAAGAGCCAAAGAGAAAGCGCACGCGGCACAGUGUUGUCGAGAGACGCGCCAGUAUUGAUGACAAUAUUCCGGAAGGUAUUCCCAAGCCGCGCAGGCGUCGCAGACGUACUGCAAUUAACACACCGGAUACACGUGUCGUCCCGUCAAGGAAAGUAGCUCCGCAAAACUGGGUUCGUCAACCAACUGCGGACCCCUUGUGUGUAAUCUCUACAUCGGAUACAAAGAAGCUGCUUUACGCCAUUGUUGUCGUGCAGACUCUCAUUGGCGGCGUCGACAAGUACACCAACUGGGAUGCAGUUCGCCGUGCAUUCAAGUCACAUGUUCAUUGGGAUUUGACGUCAUUCCGUAACCGCUGGCUUUGGCUCAGAAACCACAACCGUGAGAUAAUCGAUCGGCUCGUUGAGGAGUUUCAGGACGCAUACCUCCUAGCUUACGAGUGUGGAGAUGUGCCACCACUGGACUAUGAUGAUGUUGAAAACUACGACUGGGAAGGUAUUGUCGCUUGGGCUAUGGAGAAUAUUGUCAUAAAGCCGCCAGUCAAGCCUGUCGACACGGUCACGCUGCCGGCUACUCGGGAAGCACUGGAAAAGGACUUCGUGAUUGAAGAGGUCACAAACUUCACUAUACCACAGAAGGAGCCUCUGUUCAACGAAAACACGCUCACACAGAAGCGGCGCGAGCUAACGGAGAGGUACAGCUUUAGCUUGCCGCUCACUCCUCCCGCAUCUCCCCAGCAUGAGCAGACAGACUUUGUUUUAGAACGGGCCAAGACAUGGGUACGCGCUACGAUUGUGGCACCAGACGACCAGUACAAUGCCAUUGGUGCAAAAGAAAAGCUCAACACGAUCGGCAAGAAGUUGAUUGACAGAGCCGUAAAUGAGUUGACAGCGACACGUCUAUUCCGCGACGAGCACAAAGGUCGCGUGCGCCCCGGCCGUGCCUUCACUGUGGACAAGUCUUUCUUGAAGAUCUUUGAGCGCCAUCUCACUGUCGCCCAGCUCCUCGAGGCCGCCAAGUUCAAAGCCCAUCUCGACACGAAAUUCCAACAAGGCGCAAAGUCGGUUCCGCUCUUGCCUACGGCGCAUGAUGGACACGUUCUCGCCACCCUCAAUCUCGUCAGUUCGGGCUGCGUGCGCGUGGAGCCGCGCCUCCCGCCCGUCAACCACAAGCUCGGCGACCCGUGGCCCAGGCUCACAAAGUGGGGUUUCACAGAAGGCCACUACAAGACGGUGCACAUGGAGCGCGGCAACCUAAACUGGGGCCUAUACAUCAUCCCAACCGAGCGCUACAUCUUCGGCAACCCUCUGCACUCCUCCACCGGCGGCGUCGGCAACAACCACAUCGCCCGCAAGGGCAAGGGCAAGGCGCCCCAACGUGACCUUCACCCGCUCCCACUCCCUGCCCAGACGGGCCCCUACGCCGAGUUCAUCCCGCUCUGGUACGACAUCCACGCCAACCCUAUCGCCGAGUGGUGGCAGCGCGUCGUCACGGCCGUGGUGCACGUGGUGCUGGGGCGGCCGGGCAUCGGCGUCGAGGGCGUGCGGCGCGCGCUCAAGGACGCGUUGGGCGCAUGGGAGAUUGAGCUCGCGGUGAAGUGGCUGCGGGAGGCGCGGGUGCUGCAGGGCCUGGAACUGGGGUUGGGUGGAGAGGGCGAGACAUGCGAGGGCCUGAGACUGGCGGAGUGGUGGUGGAUGGGCCUUGCGGAGUAG